AUGGGUCAAUUGCAAUACGAUCCUGAGAUUGAGAAGACUGCAAAGAAGUUAAAGAAGGAGACUAGAUUGCGUAAAAGUAAAGUACUGCCAUCAACAUCUCUACAAUCAAGUACCACAACUGAAUCAAUUGCCUCUUGUGGCGAUUCUGAAAAAGAACAAACAAUGGCCGAAAAUCAAGUAGUGGCUGAAGAACAAAGAACUUUAAGGGAACUUUCUGCACCAAAUCUAAAUCAACAACCUCUUUGUAUUCAACAUCCUGCCUUAGAGGUUGGUUUUGAAUUAAGGUCAGGUUUGAUUCAACUACUCCUAACAUUUCGUGGUCUUGAAAAUGAAGAUCCACAUAAGCACCUGAAGGAGUUCCACGUGGUGUGUUCGAGCUUCAAACCGCAAAGAGUGACGGAAGAUCAAAUCAAACUACGUGUUUUCCCAUUCUCAUUAGCCGAUCGAGCAAAGGACUGGUUAUUUUACCUUUCUUCAGGCUCAAUAAACACAUGGGAUGAAAUGGUAAGACUAUUUCUUGAAAAGUUUUUCCCAGCAUCACGAGCUGCCAGCAUUAGAAGGGAAAUAUGUGGCAUCAAGCAAAGAGACACAGAGACUCUCCACGAGUACUGGGAACGCUUCAAGCAACUGUGUGCAAGUUGCCCUCAACAUGGAGUUUCUGAACAGCUCCUCAUUCAAUACUUUUAUGAGGGAUUGCUUCCUAUGGAAAGAAAGAUGAUGGAUGCAGCUAGUGGAGGUGCUAUAGUGAACAAAACUCCUCGUGAAGCUAGAGAUUUGAUAUCCAUUAUGGCUGCCAAUUCACAACAAUUUGGAUGUAGACAGGACGCACCUUCUAGAAGAGUGAAUGAGGUGAACAUUUCUUCCCUUGAGAAAAAAAUAUCUCACUUAACUACUCUUGUUCAACAAUUAGCUGUAGGAGGUACACAUCAGGUAAAAGCUUGUGGGAUAUGUGCUGCUACUGGACACCAAACAGACAUGUGUCUGACACUUCAAUAUGAUUAUUGUGAGCAAGCUAAUGCAAUUGGAGGCUUUCCAGGCCAACCACAACGAAAUUAUGAUCCCUAUUCAAAUACAUACAACCCAGGAUGGAGGGAUCAUCCAAAUUUCAGCUACAAACCACGUCCACAAUUUCCACAGUUUCAACCUAGACAACUCAUUCAAGAACAACCUUCAUCUUCACAACAACCAUAUUCUAAUUCAAGUAUGUCAUUGGAAGAUAUCGUUAAGUCACUUGCUACUAACACACAACAAUUUCAGCAAGAAACAAGAACAAGUAUUCAACACUUAGAAAGUCAGAUGAGCCAGCUAGCAUCUACCGUGAGUAGAUUGGAAUCUCAAGGGAAGUUAGCCUCACAAACUAUUGUUAAUCCAAAACAAAAUGUGAGUGCAAUUACCCUGAGAAGUGGAAAAGGGUUGGAAGAGCAUACUCAAGUGAGAAAAACACUCAACCGAGAUGAGGAAAAUGAAAAAGAAGUCCAUCAACCUCAAAAUGAUCAAAAACCUAUCAAAGAGCAUCCAAAGUCUUUGGUAAUUCCUCCUCCUUUUCCUAGUAGGUUGGCCAAAUCCAAGAAAGCUGAAGAAGAAAAAGAAAUAUUUGAGACAUUUCGAAAGGUCGAGGUAAAUAUUCCUUUACUUGAUGCUAUUAAACAAAUUCCUCGAUAUGCUAAGUUUCUCAAGGAGUUGUGCACAAACAAAAGAAAAUUAAAAGGCAAUGAAAUGGUGAGCAUGGGGGAAAAUGUUUCAGCUGUUUUACAAAAAAAGUUGCCUCCUAAAUGCAAAGAUCCAGGUAUGUUUACUAUCCCUUGCAAAAUUGGAAAUGUUAAUGUUGAUAGCGCAAUGCUAGAUCUUGGAGCUUCAAUUAAUGUCAUGCCCUUAUCUGUUUAUUCAUCUUUAAAUGUUGGCUCCUUAAAAGAAACUGGUGUAAUUGUUCAACUUGCUGAUAGAUCGAAUGUUUAUCCUGUCGGGGUUCUAGAGGAUGUUUUAGUACAAGUUGAUGGAUUGAUUUUUCCUGCUGAUUUUUAUGUGCUAGAUAUGAAAGAAGAUAAUCCCCCUAAUUCUUCAAUGAUCUUAUUAGGGAGGCCAUUUUUGAAAACAUCUAAAACUAAAAUUGAUGUGCAUGAUGGUAUAUUGACAAUGGAGUUUGAUGGUGACAUUGUUAAAUUUGAUAUAUUUAAUACUACCAUGAAACAUUUGAAUGGCAUGUCAUCUGUUUUUGUUGUGGAUAUUUUAUUGCAAGAAGAUAAUUGUCAUUUGAUUGGUGAUGAUAAACCGAAUGUUGCGUUGAAUAAAAAUCCUAACUAUGAGGAUAUGUUAGGAAGAGAAUGGCGUCUAGCCAAAGACAUCUGCCACUCGCUAUUUCAACUCGCCGAUGGUCUGGAGGCUCACUGUUUGUUGUGGACAGGUAGCGGCAUUGGUGCUGUCGUUGGGGUGGUUGGAAGUGGGCUUGGAGCCGGUGGCUCUGGACUGAGUAAAGUUGGAAGGAUACUGGAAUGGCUCUAG